AAUCUUUUGUCUCAGGACCACUUUUUAUCAUUUUUCUAUUUCUACGAUUCAUCUUUAUACAUGUGCAUUCUAUUUUGGAUAGCAGAUCAUCCUAAAUAUCGUUUUAUUUUUGCAGCCAAUCGAGACGAAUUCCUACAUAGAGAAACAGCGGAUGCGGCAUUCUGGGAAUCUCCCAAUGAUUAUGUGGUUGCUGGAAGGGAUCUCGAGCCAUCAACGUCAUCGAUGCAACAUGGGACAUGGUUAGGGCUCACAAAGCAUGGUCGGUUUGCUGCUCUGACCAAUUAUCGUGAGCGAGUAUUUCAAGGCCGACUUUCACGCGGUAUUCUGGUGAGGGAUUUUUUAACCAGUAAUAUCAGCGUCGAUGAUUACAUGAUCAAGAUUCGGAAUGAAAAAGAUAUGUACGGAGGCUUCAAUCUCGUAUGCUUUGAUGGCUUAAAUGAGGAAGGCGACCUCCAUAUGGCUUAUUACAGCAAUCGAAUGGACACAGAUAUCAUAUCCUUACAGAAAAAUGUAGUUUACGGACUUUCAAACUCGGUAUUAGAUGUACCGUGGCCGAAGGUGGAGGAAGGUCGUCAGAAGCUUGAAUCGAUCUUGGAAAAAUGCGCUGACAAUGAAGAUCAACUGAUUGAAUCAUUGUUUACGCUACUAAGUACGACAAAGCCCCUACCUGAUACAAGCAAUCUUGAGCUUGUAUUGGAAGAAAUGAAGCAACGCAUUUGCAUACCUAAAUUCAGUAAUUCCGACUUUGGCAAUGCUACGGAAUACGCAACACGGACAAGUACGGUUAUCCUCGUCGACCAUGAUGGCCAUGCGGUUUUUGUAGAGCGUCAACGUUACGAUGAACAAGGCGCGGUGCGGAACGAUACAGGAACUGUGUUCCGCUUCAAAUUGCAAAAAAAAUAGCGGAGAGAAACUUGGAUGAUCCAGCAGGCGGACAUUCGGGCAAAUAUAACAUAUUGCGUAAAAGACGAAAACAAGAAGUAAAAAAAAAAUUUGGUUCACAUUUCUUUUGUGUUGCUCAUCAAAUGCACGCAAUAUCUAAAUUGUUCCAGCGAUGAUAGAUGUACGACAUUUGUCUGCAAAGUCGGUGCAGGAUAAAAAAAAAAGUGAUGCAUGAUUGUGGAAUGCAAUGCUGUCCGAU